AUGUUCGAUUGCAACAAUAAACCGUCGAAUCGCAUUUGUGGAUCACCUCUAUCUGGCGAGGAUCUUAUACCACCAAUGCCUUCUUUUCCAAUCGCACCUCCGACCGCCACAAACUACACAAACAUUGUCACAUAUGACUCCAACCUCCACAGUUCCCACCUAUGUAUCGAUUAUCAAGAACCGUAUUACUUGCACAAUUUUGUUCAAUCAACAUUCAACGCCUUUUCUACUGAAAAAAUUAAAGGUUCUACACUUGUUGUAUCAGGUGAUGGAAGGUACUACUCAAAGGAUGCUAUCCAGAUAAUAAUUAAAAUGACAGCUGCAAAUGGUGCAAGACGUAUCUGGGUUGGUCAAAAUGGUCUUUUGUCAACACCUGCUGUAUCAGCAGUUGUACGUGAAAGAGUUGGUGUUGAUGGUUUUAAAGCAAAUGGAGCAUUUAUAUUGACAGCCAGUCACAACCCUGGACGUCCAAUUAUUAGUGAAUUAGCUAAAGUUGUCAUAACCGCAUAUGUUGAUGUGAAGUGUGAGAGUGUAACAGGCUAA